AUGGAAGUUUUAAAUAAUUGGUUAUCAAAUAAAUGUUCAUUAAAAGAUAUAAAUAAAUACUUUUUUGGUAUUAGAGAUAAAAACAAUAAUUUAAAUUAUAAAUUAAUGGAAAGAGAAUAUGAAUAUUUAAGUUUUAAAUAUAAUGGUAUAAUUCCAAAAGAAAUUUUAGAAAAAUGUAGUGAUAGAAUUGGUAUACCAAUGGAUUAUUUAUUAAAUAGAGGAUUAUGUGAAACUGCAUUUUUUCAUUUAAAAUUAAAAAAUGAUAAAAAAAUGGCAAAAAGGUAUUUUAGAGUAGCAAUAAAAUUCAAUUCAGCCGAAGCAUCAUUUGGUAUGUCUUUAUUGUAUUGUGAAGAAAAUAAUAUCGAAAAAGCAAUAAAGUAUGGUGAAAAAUCAGCACUUGAACCACCAAUGAUUAAAUUAAUAAAUCAAGAUAAACUUUAUCCAAACUAUAGAGUUCAUGAAGCUCAAUAUCAAACUGGUCAUUUAUAUGCAAAAUUCAAAAAAGAUUUUACAAAAUGUUUUUGUUUUUAUUUAUUAUCAGCAGAAAGUGGUAAUAUUAGAGGAAAUUAUUUAAUUAGUUGUAUGUAUAAAAAAGGUGUUGGUUGUGAAAAAAAUGAAGAAUUUAGUAAAAAAUAUUUAUUAAAAGCAACUUCUUUAGUUAAAUGUAAAUGUUAA